CCAACUAAGCAACCGCUAACCAUUCGCUGUUCAGUUCACCAAUGGCGUCCUCACCACCCUCCUCGGCUCCUUUCUCUUCCUCUGAAGAAGCCACGACGAGCAGCAACGACGGCUCGGCAGUCCAGUCCUUGAAGUACUCCAGGCGAGCCAGCCUCCGCUCCGUCGUCGGCCGCCCCGACGGUGGCCGUGGACUGGCUGGCAAGCGCGCCGUUGUCGGUGGCUGGGUGAAGUCCUCCAACACCGUCAAGGCGAAGCUCGCUGGCCCCGUGUCGCCGGCGAGGAUGCCGACGACGGAGACCACCACAGGCCUGACGUGCACGGAGGUGCUCAUGGCAAGAGUGCCGCUCAUCCGCUGCUUCGCCAGGCUAAUCGGAGGCGCCGCCGACGUCGACAGGGCCUCUUCUGUCUCCUUCAAGCUGGCUACCGGGACAGCGCUUAUGCGCAUCAACGACGGGUCCUGCGUGGCCGAUCUCCAGAUAGUAGUGGAUUCUUCUCUGUGUCCUCUUAAACAAGUUACUGCGAUCGGAGCUUGUGUGUUGGUCGAAGGCAAGAUAGAACUUGUGGAAGGGAGAAGCCAGCAGCAUGUUGUGGAGCUCAGAGUGGACAAAGUGCUGCACGUAGGAACUGUCGAUAUCGACAAGUAUCCUCCGUCAAAUGUGGAGUUGCCUCCUCCUGAACUUGUCAAGGACUAUCCACAGCUCGCUACUCGAACAACGGCGAUGGCUUCGGUUGCUCGUGUACGAAGUGAAAUGCUCCAUGCUGCGCAUGCGUUCUUCCAGACAAAUGGGUUCUUCCAUGUGAAUACGCCCAUUAUAACUGCCACCACCGUUGCAGGAGACCGCAGCAAAAUGUUCCGCGUAAUGCGGCUUGAGAGUAAAUCCGAUAACAGGGCCAUCACACCUGAAGUUGUUAGAGCUUCCAUCAAGGCGAAAACGAAGCAAAUCGAAGCGCUGAAUCGAAGCGAGAGCAACAAGGAAGCUCUGGAAGCUGCGAAACUGGACCUUCAGAGGGCGAAUGAGCUUGCACGACAAUUAGAACAGCAAGGAAAUGCAGACUUCUCCGAUGACUUCUUUCAGCAUCCAGUGUAUCUUUCACCUGAUCAUACACUCCAUCUUGAGACCUAUGCUUGCGCGCUAAGCAGCGUCUACACGUUCAGCCCGGUGUUCCAGGCUGAAAGCUUGGAGCGUCACAAGCACCUGGCCGAGAGGUGGACCAUCGAUGCAGAGCUCGCCUUCGCGGAACUUGAGGAUGCAAUCUCCUGCGCCGAGGAUUGCCUGAUGUGGCUUCUAAGCACAGUGUCUAAGAAUUGUUCAGAUGAACUCAAGUUUCUGUCGAAUGGGGAAAACAAUGGAUACUUUUCCCAUAUCGAGCCUGCAGUGUCCAGCCCCUGGGAAAGGAUUACCUACAACGCAGCUGUGAAUACCCUUCUUCAGGUCAGAGAAAAAUCAUUUAAAGCCAAAGUAGAGUUGGGCACGCCACUUUCACAUGAACAUAUGAGUUAUCUAGUUGAUGAUCACUACAAGAAGCCAGUGAUCAUAUAUGAGUAUCCCAAGGAACUGAAACCUUUUUAUGCACGGCUCAUGGAAGAUGGGACGAAAGUAUCUGCAUUUGAUAUAGUUGUGCCAAAGGUUGGUACUAUAGCUUACGGAACUCAAAAGGAGGAAAGGAUGGAUAACUUCACAGCCAGGAUUGAUGAAUUAAGGCUUCCACGUGAUCAUUUGGAAUCGUAUUUGGAUAUCCGCAGGCAUGGCACUGUAAAGCACUCAGGCUUCAGCAUAGACAUCGAGCGGCUCAUCUUUUUGGUUACCUGUCUCAGUGACAUACGAGAUGUCAAACCAUUCCAAAGAACCAAAAGCAAUGCAAAAUGCUAGAUAUAAAGAUAGAUCGGUGAUGGCAGGAGGAAGUUGAAAUUCGAAAAUGCCCUUGAUAUGCUCACAGCUGUACAUUAUGCCAUUACUCCAUCCUUAUGGGGUUCCAUAUACUAGUGGAGCAUUACAAAGUAUUUUAUGCCCUGAUAAAGAUGCAUGUACAUAAAUUUCAUUCUCAGAUUGCUACAAGUGCUCCCUUGUGGUCAUACUGCUAUUCUAUUAUUAAUCUCAUGCCACAUCUAUUA